AUGGUAUAUAUCCUGAAUGGGCUACAAUGGUUAAAAGUUUUCCACAUCCGGCCGACCCAAAAAGGAUCAAGUUUAAAGAAAUGCAAGAGGCUGCAAGUGGAGAGAGCAUUUGGUGUUCUGCAAUCUCGUUGGGCAAUUGUACGAGGUCCAGCAAGAUCGUGGCAACUUAAAAACAUAAAGGAUAUAAUGUAUACAUGCAUUAUAUUACAUAAUAUGAUCGUAGAAAAUGAAGGAAAUGCAAUUAGUAAUUGGUCAGAUGAUGUUGAUCCUCCUAUACGUGUGAAUCGAGGACUUGUCGAAGAAGUUCAAUAUCAAAUUCAAAGAAACUCUGAACUACGCGAUAAUGCCGUACAUCAUGUUCUUCGACAUGAUUUAAUGGAGCAUAUUUGGGAACGUUUUAUUAAUAUGUAA